UUACCCAGAAGGCGCCGCGCUGCGCAUGCCCACUCCCCGGCAGCAAAUGUUGGCAAUUCAAAAACUCGACCAUUUUUCGCGACUUGUUUGACUUCUGAAACCGAUUUUCAUGUCCUUCCUUCGGGUUCCAGCGUCGGAUUUGUGUCCCGAUGUAGGCAGAAGAACCCCGGCAGCAUGAAGGAGAUGGUUGGCGGGUGCUGUGUGUGCUCAGACGAGCAUGGUUGGGCGGAAAACCCGCUGGUGUAUUGUGACGGGCACGGAUGUAAUGUGGCGGUCCAUCAAGCGUGUUACGGAAUUGUACAAGUGCCGACAGGGUCGUGGUUUUGUCGGAAAUGCGAAUCGCAGGAAAGAGCAGCACGUGUGAAGUGUGAACUGUGUCCUCACAGAGAGGGAGCACUAAAGAGAACAGACACAUCAGUUGUUGUCACCAAAACGAUGCCAGCGUCCGGUAAAGCCUCAAAAGACAAAAAGGACGCUCCCACCACGGAAAUAACCCUGAUCAAGGAUACGAGUAUGAACAUGUUUGGCUGGGCCCAUGUGAUCUGUGCCCUGUAUAUCCCAGAAGUGCAGUUUGGGAAUGUGGCCACUAUGGAACCCAUCAUCCUGUCUAUGGUCCCGCAUGACAGAUUCAACAAGAUUUGUUACAUCUGCGAGGAGUCAGGCCGAGAGAGCAAGGCGAGUUCGGGCGCGUGCAUGACGUGUAACAAGAACGGGUGCCGACAAUCCUUCCACGUAACAUGUGCUCAGAUGGGAGGUCUUCUCUGUGAGGAACAGGGCAACUAUCAGAACGUGAAGUACUGUGGCUACUGCUCCCACCACUACUCCAAACUGGUGAAAAAUGAACUUGGUUUUCUACAAGGCCCAGUUGAUCCGCAACAGCAAAAGAAAGAUUCCAACAUCAAACCUAUCCCGGCGUUUCGCUACCAGUUGACAGAUUCGUACACGCCCCCGGACCGCCCCACCCCAGCGCCGUCAAAACCUCAGCAGAGACAUAAAAAGGCUGACCGCGAGAAAACGGUGAAACCCAAGAAGCUUAAGGUUGCGGAGACGGCCACGACGUCGGCGCCCGACACCCCUCCUAGCUCCAGCCCGGCCGCGAUGAACAGUAUGUUUAGCAGCUCCCUUAGGAGCUUAGAAGAAACCACCCAGAAGUUUACGAGUGCGAACUUUAUCGAGAGCCCCGGGCCGCCCCAGCUAACCCCUAUCCAACCCAACUACGAAGGCCCGCCGGUCGUACUGAAGAAAAAACCCGGUCGGAAACCGAACAGCGCAAAAAAUGUGGCUUCAAACCAGAACAACAAUCAGGACAAAAACUCAGAAAGUUCCAUCACGUCGGCUUCAGAGUUCCACGGUUUUACCCCCAUGGAUACGAGUCAAGAUUCCGACAAGCAGUCCCGGACGUCGGACGAUAAUAACUCCAAGCCUCCCACGCCACAGCCUCGGCCGCCAUCUUUGACAUCGAACCACUCGAGCGCGUCGGGUCCGUCUGAAUCUGCCAAUCAGAGAGUUGCCACACCCGUGUCGGUGGCAUCAACCACGGUUUCCGUGACGACGACUUCAGCCAUAUCAACGACAGCGUCCAAAUCGUCCGCGGCCGUUUCCCCGCACCAAGCAUACGAGAGCAGUUUCCAGGACUUUAUCAAAUCCAAAUAUGGCACGGGUGCCGGGAGCAUGAAUUCUACUCCUAGUCCCACCACUGCGGUAGCGACAGCAACGACCACAACAACAGCGGUCACGUCGCUACCACAGGAAAACUUGGCUUCGUCUAGCUCGCAACCAUCUCAAGCCGUCAAGCGACCGCGGGCGGCCAAGUCAGGCGACAAACCCGAGAAGAAGAAGCACAGAAUCAGCAAGAAAAAGCACGACGGCCCGGGAAGACCCCCGAAAACGAAAACGGUGAAAGAGUUGGUGACCAUGCAGCAGCAAGCGGUGGAGAACGCUCAGAGAGCGCUACAGAGUCCGACGGGAAUUCAGAGCGGGUAUUCGAACCGGGACAACGUGACUACGAUGUACGCUAGCGCGUUGGGACAGCAGAACGGCCCGCUGUCGCAGGUGUCGCCGACACAGUCUACCUCAUCCAACACCUCUCCUCGUAUCCCAUCAGUUGCAGAGCCCAGAGAAGUAGAGAUUCAGACAGACGACCAAAUCAUAUUCCAGCGUCUAACAGAAGAUGGCGGUUUGCUGAGUCAGAUGCAAGCGAGGGACAGCCGCCCUGCCCACCCCUACCAGCUCAACAUGAACCAUGCCACCUUCUCCAGUGAACUGCUCAGAAGAAGAGAUUUGGACGGGGCAUCUGCAGUCGACCCCCCACCCCUGUCCACCCCUGGUGUUACAGCGCUCAACGGACCCAGACACCCGUCGGGCGGCUCGUCGCGGGGUCCGAUGUCACCAAGGUUUUCGGAAGGACCAAACCAUUCCAUGCAACCUUUCCCGACCAGUAUAGAACAACUGUUGGAGCGACAGUGGAACGAAGGGUCCCAGUUCCUGAUGGAACAGGCCGCGCACUUUGACAUUCGGCAAGUUGCCACCCUGCUGUCGUGCCUACACCAGCUUCGCCAGGAGAACCAGCGGUUGGAGGAGCACGUUCACACGCUGCUGGCACGGCGCGACCACCUGCUGGCCGUCACAGCGCGGCUGUCCGUCCCGCUCAACGCGCAGGGCACUCCGCACAACUCCCCCGGACACAACCCCCUGCAGGGGAUCGCACUGAACGGGAACCCUCACCGCAACACGGGGAACAGUCCGUUACCGAGCACGCCCCUGCAGAACCAACUCCCCGCGGGUGGGGUGGGGGAGCCCCACCCGUCCCCGGUACAGGGGCGCUCCCCCGCGUCCAACCCCGGACCCAGUCCUCAGCGGAGCCACGCCGAGCUCAGCCUCUCUAUGCAGGACAUUAACCAGCUCUCCGCCGGGAGGAAGUCCAAAAGUCCCGGCUCCUCCCAGAGAUCCAACACCCCCCAGCAAUCCCGCGCCAACAGGGCGACCCCCAACCACCAACCCAAGAACAUCUCGCCAAACAUGGCGGCACGCGAUGCUUCGAUGUUGAACCACGUGUCCGACAACAGCCCCGAAUCCAACCCAAACCACAACAAGAAAUCCGGCCUCGGCUCUGGUCUAGGUCAGCUCCCAGCCCAGGAGUCGAACCCACACCCCUCUGUUAUCAGUGAGAUAGCCAAGGGUCACGGUCAUGUCAAAGGUCAGAGUUCACAGGACAACCCAGGUCAUCACCAGGUCAUGAAGGGUCAUGGACAUGAGAUGAUGCCGGGUGCAGGGAUGCCAGUUAUGAUGGCAGGGAGGGAGAUGGGGACACUACAGAUGUUGUCGGACCAGCAGAGACAGGCUCUGUUCUACCAGCAACAACAGAUGAGCCAACUACUACAGCAGCAACAACAGCUCAGUCCGGAGCUGGUGUACCAACUGAUGCACAGACAGAUGGUAGCGGGGAUGUUACAGCAGGGGAUGGGGCCGAGCGAUGGUCACGGGCCAGCGGGCAUGGCACAGAUGGACGGCCAUGGCCCGCCGGACAGUAGUACAGCAAAGAAGUCAGAGAAAACAAGCAAAUCAAGUAGUCAGAAGAACAAGAAAUGACCCGAGGCCAUCUGGUAGACAUGACAUCGACGCCCCUCCCGUCUUGUAGGCAGCUGAUUGGUCAGCUUUGCAGGCAGCUGAUUGGCCAGCUGUGCAAACUGCUCAUUGGUUAUUUGUGCAAGCAGCUGAUUGGUUAUUUGUGCAAGCAGCUGAUUGGUGAUUUAUACAAGCAGCUGAUUGGCCAGUUGUGCAAGCUGCUGAUUGGCCAGUUGUACAAGCAGCUGAUUGGCCAGUUGUACAAGCAGCUGAUUGGCCAGUUGUACAGGCAGCUGAUUGGCCAGUUGUGCAAGCAGCUGAUUGGUCAGUUCUGCAAGCAUCCGAUUGGCCAGUUUUGCAAAAGAUAUUCCUCUUCCUACCUCAGUCAGUACAAGGGGGUCCUGAUAAAAUCAAGCCACAACCCGGUCAGUUUGCAUCACUGUUUAGAAUUUCCAGUACAGGGGCCUCCUGAAGGCACUUAAAGAAGGCGUUAUCUAACGUAGAUGCCCUCUGCAAAAGUUGUAGAGCCGCAGAAUAAAAUUCAUGUACGGUAACAUCCAUGAAGUUCUGAAAAUGUAAAUAAAAACUCAGCACCCCAUUUUUUUAAAACAAAAAAAUUUGCAAUUGAAAGUGUUUUAAGUAAAGCGGUUAAAAAAGUAGGGCUGCAGUUCUGCAAGUACGUGUGUACUUGUAGUUUUACUGUGUUUUUUUAUUUGGUCUCACAGAGCUGCUUUGGUGUCCUAGAACACAGUACGUACUUGUUGAAUUGGACACCUUGAAAUUUGGACAUCAUGUUUUAGGCCCAAAGCCCAAACAUGAUGUUCUUACAAUAUCCGUGUUAACCCUUGUGGUAAGCCUUGAGUUGGUUAAGACAAGACAGAAGUUCCCAAAUUGUCUGAUUUGUCAAAUUCUAAUACUACUUCUUGUUUCAGUUGUUGUUGGCUGGGGGCUAUACAAGUAUUUACUUUUAGUCACAAUGUAUUUGAAGUUUGCUUUGACGUUUAUUGUAGGAAUGAAAUGGACUGUUGGCGUCAGUUUUAAGGUUACAACAGUGCUGUAGUCAUAUACUGCACAGUAUUUGAAACAACAGUUAUAAAUUUCCAGCUACAAAUCCAUUACUAUCAAGUCAUUGGAAAAAUUUUGGCAAAUAUGAAAAUGAAAGUUUUGAAAUGUUUGUGGUGGUUUUAUGAUAGCAGUGAUCUAUUAAAUGACCAUGAAAUUAGGUUGCGACAAAUCCACAGUAAAAUCUGACUCUUCUGACAAAAUCGAGUCCAAGAGAUGGGGUGGUGCUGCUGAAAAUAAAGGAAUAUGCAGUACUUGUCAAGGUAGCUAGGAGCCCUCUGCGCACAGUUAUCAGGAUAGUUGAAUUUAGACUCAAAAACAUUAUGCCAUACCCCAAACCAACACAACUCUGGUACCUAGGCUGUGAGAGUUUUAAGUUCUUCAUCGCUAGUGGAAAGUCUUUUAGUUUCACAGUGGUUAUAUUGUACAGAAAAAAGUUCUUUGUGAGAAAUACAGUAAUACAUUGGAAAUAUAGUAAUACAUAGUAAUACAGUUUUACACAUAAUGGUUGAGAUUUCAUGAAGAUGAAACCACCAAAAAGUUUUGGAGUAGUAUCUUGUCUUUGCACCAACCAAGGCUUACCACUUUAAGGAGAAAAUCUUCUUAGAGAAGGUGAUAAGUGAUUUGAAUAAUAGCAAACACUUAAGGGUGGGAAGUGGUGCUUGAUUUUUAGGCCACUGCAAGUAAAUCCCAUGGAUGACAUCCUCUGCAGACUAAAUCUAAUGGGAGAGGGGGAAGAAAAGAAAAGAAUUCGGUUUAAAAAAACAAGAUGCCUAAAGUCUUUUUGAUAUAGGCCUUAAAUGUACUAGCAAAAAUUGAUGUUCUUAAGAAGUGCAUAAAGUCACGGCAGUGAGAUAGCGUUAGUUUUAUGCAUCGAAACUCAAAGCUACAACAUUAGUAUCUCUUUGACAACUGCGGAACUAGUAUCAUUAUAUACAACUAUACUUAUGGCUACCUUACUAGUAGCUGUCCACUAUUGUCGGUUCUUCAAGUAUACUCAAGGUUUCAUAUUUUCCCAUUUAAAAUAUUUCCUUGUCAUGUUGACCAUCUCUGGAGCAAAUAGAAUUUGUUUUUUUCCCUCCCAAAAUCAAGCAAAAAUCAUGGUGUGCUCUGAUGUCAUCCAUAGAAUUUACUUGCUGUAGCCUUUUCUGUUGCUCUGUGUAGUUUUUUUGCAUGUACUAUAGCAAUUGUCAAGUUAGAUUGUUUGCCCAGGGCAUCCUAGUUUGUUUUAGGGGUCUACCAUACUGUGACACUGAAGGAAACUAACUAGGAUGGCACCCAGGCGAUAGAAAGAUUUAUGUUAAAAUGUUUUGGGCAUGCAAGAUACAAAGAAAUGUUGCAACAUAGCUCAGUGAAUUUACAAAUAGUUAUCAUGAAGACAUUGGCAGUUUCAAAACCCACCUUUAUUCAAAUUCAAGUGAUAGGGCAAUAAUAACAAAAAUCAUGGGGAUGUGUACAUGAACUGUUAGCAUUAAUUCUAAAAAAUGAAAUUGGCAACUUGCAAAUUAAGAAAUCUGGCACUGAAGGAAAAUUCUGAAAGAAGGUUCUUUAUAUUUCAUAUUUGCUUCAAAGAAAUGGUUACAUAUAUUAUAGAACAUUAAAAGAUGAGAGCAAAUGCCAGAUGAAAUAGUCAAGAGUAAAAAAAAAGCUUAAUGUUUUAACAGAAAUUAUACAUCGAAAGGGGUUAGGAUUCAAUAUUUUCCCAUGGAAAAACAAAAAAAAUACAUCCUUUUUUGGAAAUGUAGAACUUUUUCCUACCCAACCCCUAUCUAUUACAAAACAUGGUAUCACAAGAAAGAUGGUGAAACAGUCACAAAAUGCCCGGUACAGAAAGUCAAAAUGUGGUGCAACUAUGUAUAGACUAGUUUUCUCUAUGUCUGAUUACGUUUUAUAGCAGUUUUCAUGAACUGAGAAAGAUGAAGAGCCAUUUUGUACCCAUAGGUUGCUGUAUAAACCACUGAAAACAGUAGUAACUGACUUGGAUGGACGUAUCUGUAUAUAUCUGUGUGUAAGAACCGUACGGUAGGCUUUGGUACUUUAGUAGACUAGUUAACGUCUGUCUGUCAUUGGUUCAAUGUGACUUAACUUAUCACAAUUAGGAGGAAAAAGGAAACGUGUUUGUGUGGCAUUUUGUAAGACUGUCCGUCAUUUAAUAGUGGAUAGUUCGAAUGUACAUAAAUUUAGACAAUUAGAUAGCUUUUUAUAUGAGGCAUGCAUGUCUGAAUUUUUGGAAUACACCUUUUUGUUUUAUUUUAACUACAUUUUGUAAAUGAACUGAUAUGUGUUGAUUUUGGUUCCUCAAUGGAUAAUAAUUGCAGACUGCUUUACAUGUAGAGUUGAUUUUGUUACAAUUUUACAUGAUCCUAGGGAAAAAUUUCUGAGCAUAACAAUUUGGUAGUCAUUGUGUCUAUAGAAAACUUUUUAAGCCCCUUACGGUGUAUAUUGAAAAGCAAAAAUCAUAUGAUGAUGAAUCCACAAUAUUUCUAGUAAUCUUGUACAAUGUGGGAGAAAGAAUCCCGAAGACUUACUACUGCCAAACAUUUCCUAUAGAGCGGUGAUGUUAUAGCUGACUUGUACAGUGAACUUUGGUAUUGUGAUGCUAGCAAACCACUGACUGUAAAGAAGUUUAAGAAUAUAGAGAGAACUGUCAGGAUGGGAUUAUAUAAAAACACCUUUUCUUCUUACAAA